UGGGAAAUCUCAAGUGGUUUGAUAACACAAACACCGCAUUUCAACGCUGAUAACAGUCACUAAAACAUCAAUAGAGCAUUAACAAAAAUGAUUUUAAAUAGAACAACUCCAAAAGUAACAGCCAGUCAAACCGUGAACUCACGGAUUCAUAGUUUAAGUGGCGAAGUUAUAGAAUGUGGACCCUACAAAUUCAUGUGAAACAUAUCAGAAGAGAGAAAAGUUAGACGCUUAGGACACGAUUGUUUUUAACACGUAAUUAUCACCAUGGAGGACAAAACCGAAAGUUUACAAGAAAAUUUACAACCUCAACGAAAUGCAUCGUCGACGAAAAAGAAUUUUCGCAAAAGAUCUGGAACAACAAACAAAGGAAAGAAGUACGAAAAUAUGAUAAUCGCCAACAUCGUACUUCACAUGGUAAGCACCGAAAAAGUAAAAAACUUCUACGUUUCGUCGAACGAUGCAAAUUUUGGAGCUUUCGAUGAUGUGGUCAUUGAAGUGGAGACAGAUAAGGGAAUCCAAUCAAUAGCCGCACAGUUAAAACACAGCAAUAAACCAGGAAAUUUAGUUAUAGCACGACUAGCAAGCAAAAGCGGAGAUUUUAGUAUCCUAAAAUAUUUUAAGUCGUUCCAAGAGAUAAAGAAAAAACCACAACAAUGUAUUCUGUUCACGAACCUUAAAUUAAACAUAUUCGAAGACACACAAUUUCAACUAGGCGGAAAAAAUGUUUGCUUGGAACCUUAUAAAAUAGAAAUUGCUGAUGAUAGUUUGAAACUUUCUCAACACAUAAAUUACUGUUAUAAAUUUCGAAUUGUAGAAAACGAAGGAGAAGUUGAUUCAGAACUUCAACAGUUUAAGGCAUUUCUUGAAAGUUUUAGUCUUUAUUCUGACCAACAAAGUCUCGAAACGCUUGAAAAUUCAACAGCGAAUGACUUCGUGAAGAUGUUCUGUUCGAAUCAAGAAACGUUCGAAAAAUAUCUGAAGAUUAUAUCUGAGUGGGAUAUGCAAGAAGGAUCGAAAAAGAAGUUAGAAAAGAAGAUGAUGCAACGUGCAGUUGCACUUUGUCUGUUGUCUCCGUACAUCGAAAAUUUUGCUUUUGGAGAAGUCAGCGACAAAGGGGAAAUUCUUCGAGAAGCAAUUCGUCCAUUUGAAAUUACGCUGUUGGAAAACGUGGAGUGCGAUGUGAAGAAAUGGUUGUGGGGCGACUUGGACAAGAAUAUUGACAUCAAAGAACUAAACAAACUGAGAUCAUUUUAUCGUCUUUCUCCUAAUUGUAUAUUUCGGAUGGAAGAUGUAGAUGGAAAUGUGUUAGCACAGUUGUUGUGGUUGAUGGAGAAACGUCCGCUGAUUGUAAAAGAGCACGAAAAUAUAGAAAAAGCCGUUCAACUUUGUCCCGAUGGAAAAUUCGUUUUGGUUGGUGAAGGAACAUGGAAAGAAUGGAUGAGAGGUCGUUCCGUGUUCCAGAACCUGUUGGACUUGAAAUCCGAACAUACUGUAUAUGAAAAAGUGAUGCAGAAUUGUACCGUUUCCUUGCAAGGGAAAGCAGUACUUACUCUGAUGGACGCGUGUGGAGGAAAUGAAGAAUUCUUGAAGAAUAUUAGUGUAAAUAAUCUUUUAGAAAUGAUGGACGGCGCACGUCCCAUAGACGGGAUAAAAGAAGCUCUCCCCAAUCCUUAUAUUGAAAGGUACUUGUCGUUAAAUGUGAUAGACAUUAAUUAUUUAAAACAACUUAAUCAUAAUACCGUAGUUAUUCUAAGUUGCGCAGACAGUUCGAAAGUAAUACAAAAAUUUACAAAAAUUAAACUAACAAAAUUCGAUGAUUACUUAAAUAACGCAGAGUGUACAACUUCCAAUGCUCCAAUUUUCAUUAUAAGUGAAAAUAAAUGCAGCGAAUCUGAAUUUCAGAAAAUAUGCUCCAAAACACCAAAAACCAAGAUCGUACAUUAUUUUAAAUUUCUUAAAAAUACAAAUUUAGAAUGGGUACGAAGCAGAGGGAGUGUAGGAGAAUUGCAAAAUUACAAAUUAUCUGAUCAUUCUAAAAAUGAAAACGAGUUUUGGACUUUCGACUUUAGCAACAGCAUUAGUUUAGUGUUAGCUGAUCCAGGGAUGGGUAAAACCGAACUAACAAAAAGCUUAAAAAAUAAGUGUUCUGCUAAAUACUGGACAGUAAUUGUCAGCCCUCAAGAAGCUAAUUUAUUCUUUAAAAAAUCUAAAAAGUCUGAUUACCUUAAUUUAUUCCAAACAUUUAUCUUAGAGAAAAAGUAUCACUACCUUGAAAAGUUCGAUAAAGAAUUUUUUAAAAUGUGUUCUGAGCAAUUUCGUGUUUGUUACGUGUGGGACGCUCUUGAUGAAAUUUCUACCGAAUAUUUGAAAGACGUGUCAGAUUUGAUUGUUCUGUUAUCAAAUAAAGGUUUCACACAAUGGGUUACUGGUAGAAAACACUUGAAAUCGUUGCUCGAAAAAAAAUUUAACACACUUUCGUUGAGUAUAAAUCAGUUAAAUGAGCUCGAGCAACAAGAUUAUAUUAGAAAACGUCUUAAUCCUAUUAUUUCAACUAACAACAUAGAAAGUGCUGUUCGAAAAGUUAUCUCUAGUUUUGCUUUGAUUAAACACAUAGAUAUCUUAGGAAUUCCACUUCAGAUUUUCAUGCUUACAGAAAUAGUUCUUCGAAAUAACGACAAAUAUUUACAAUUGUUUGGCGAUUGUUGGCGCUUGACCGAUUUAUAUCAUCACUUCAUUGAAGAAAAAUUCAACAUUUUUUAUCAAAAUAAAUUGUCGCUUGACGUUCAGGAUCCUUAUUUGAAGCGUAUGUUUAACAGAGAUAAAGAAAAAAUCUUAAACCAUUAUGAAGAAGUUGCAGUUGGGUUAUUAUUCUCGGACUGUCUGACUACCAACUGUCAAGAAGAUAUAGACGAUUAUAUAGCCAUAGGUAUUAUAACUAGCAUACAAAAUAACGCACCGGUUUUUAUACAUACGUCUUUUGCGGAAUAUUUGGCUGCCGCAUAUUUUGCGAAGAAUUUUAAGCUUAUUCCUCAGGAUAGAUUUUUUGAACGGAAAUUUGACAACGUACGAUUUUUCUUUGACAUGUUGUUGGCAAAAAACUCGCCACUUCACACUGCAGUCUUGUAUAGGAACUUUGACACCCUAGAAAUAAAUAAUGAAGAAAUAUUGGGGUGUAAAGACGACGGUGGAAGAAGUGUUCUACAUUUAAUGUGCUCGUGGGGAAAAAGAUAUCCACGCCUAACACUAACAAGUUCCAAAAAAAAUAAAAAAUUUUCGAAUUAUAUUUCCACUUUGCCCAAAAAAAUGUCUUUGUCGAAAACGAUAUCUAGUGUGAGAUACACUCUCGAUGAUUGCGAUGAAGUUUCCAAAAGGGAAUUAGAAACAAGGGAAUAUUUAGAAGGAGUGCAACAUUUGUUAAAAAAAUGUAGUACUUCAGAACCGGAUGGACUAUUUAAAAUGACGCCGUUGUCAUUUGCUAUAGUCAGUGAAAGUUUAGGUGCGGAAUUGGAAUUGUUACAGUCAGAAAAGUUUAAGCCAGAACAUCUAUAUAAUCAGUGUGAUAGAAUUAAUAUUUUGUUUUAUUCUACUCUGUUCGGUUAUGACAAAGCAAUUAAAAUUGUUUGUACUAAGCAAUUAAAUGGUUAUUACGAUGAAGUCAAUUUUAGUUUUGAACGGUCUGGUCUCACAGCCCUUAUGGUAGCGUCCGCAAAUGGCCACACAGCGAUAGUUGAACAUUUGUUGCAACUCGGCUCAAAAGUCAAUUGUGCUGAUCAAAAUGGCCAGACGCCUCUUUAUGCAGCUUGCUCGAACGGCCAUGAAGAAAUUGUUGAAUGCUUAAUGAAAUCUGGAGCAGAAAUCAAUCGCGCUAAUUAUCAUGGUCUCACACCGCUAUACGUCGCUGCGAAAAACGACCAUCAAAAAGUUGUAGUAUGUCUACUGAAACACGGGGCCAAAAUCAAUUGCUCGGAUCAAUAUGAUCGGACACCACUUUACUUAGCUUCCUUCAAUGGCCACGAAAAAGUUGUUGAAUGUCUAGCGGAAUGCGGGGCCAAAAUCAACGACUCUUCUGUUGAUGGUCAGACACCACUUCAUGCAGCUGCCUCAAACGGUUACGAAACCAUUGUCAGAUGUCUAAUGAAACACGGAGCUGAAAUCAGCAGCUCUGAUAAUUACGGGUGGACACCAAUUUACGCAGCUUCGUCAAAAGGCCACGAAAAAACUGUCGAGUGUCUAACCAAAUGCGGGGCCGAAAUCAAUCGUCCUGAUGAUUACGGUGAGACACCACUUUACGCGGCUUCUUCCAACGGAAGCGAAAAAAUGGUCGAAUGUUUGGUGAAAUGCGGGGCCGAAAUUAAUCGCGUUCAUAACUAUGGGCGGACACCGAUUUACGCAGCGGCCGCAAACGGCCACGAAAAAACAGUCGAAUGUUUGGUCAAAUGUGGAGCCACAAUCAACAACGUUGAUAAUCAUGGUUGGACAGCACUUUACGCAGCUGCUUCGAACGGCCACAAGAAAACUGUCGAGUGUCUGGUGAAAUCCGGAGCCGAAGUCAACCACCCUGAUAAUGCCGGGUGGAUACCGCUUCACGUAGCUUCCUGGAACGGUGACAAACAAAUUGUCGAAUAUCUAGUGACACAUGGGUCCGAAAUCAAUCGCGCUGAUAAUGGUGGUAAGACACCGCUUCACCUAGCUUCCUGCAACGGCGACGUCGAAACCGUCCAUUGCUUAGUGAAAUGUGGGGCCGAAAUCAAUUGCUCUUCGAAAGAUGGUCGGACACCACUCUACAUGGCUUCAUCGGAAGGCCACGACAAAACCGUUGAAUGCCUAGUGACAUGCGGAGCUGAGAUCAAUCGCGUUGAUAAUUUUGGUCGGACACCACUUUAUGCAGCUGCCAAUAACGGCCACGAAAAAGCUGUCGAUUGUCUAGUGAAACACCAAGCCGAAAUCAACCGCACUGAUGAUAAUGGCCGGACAGCGCUUCACCUAGCUUCCUGGCAAGGCCAUGAAAGAACUGUCCAAUGUCUUGUAAAACUUGGCGCCGAACUCAACCACGUUGACAAUUAUGCUUGGACACCGCUUUAUGCAGCUUCCAAAAUAGGCUCCAAAAAGAUUGUCGAUUUUUUAGUGAAAUCCGGAGCCGAAAUCAAUCUAACUGACAAUGAUGGUUGGACACCGCUUCAUGUAGCUUCCCGGAUGGGUCACCUCAAAACCGUCGAAUGCCUGUUGACAUCGGGAGCCGACAUCAAUCGUCCUAGUAAAAACGACGAGACACCUCUUUACUUAGCUUCGUUCAACGUCCACGAAAAAGUUGUCAAAUGUCUAGUCAAACACGGAGGCGAUAUCAAUCGCACUAAUAAAGAUGGCCACACAUUGCUUCACGUGGCUUCCUUGAAGAAUCGUGAAAAACUUGUCGAAUGUCUAGUGAAAUGUGGAGCCGAAAUCAAUCGCGUUGACAAUGACGGUUUGACACCGCUUCACGUAGCUUCUUGGAACGGUCACCACAAAAUUGUCGAAUGUUUAGUCAAAUGCGGAGCCGAAAUCAACCGGGCUAAUGAUGACGAUCGGACACCACUUCACCUAGCAUGCUUGAAUGGCCACGAAAUUAUUGUCGAAUGCCUAAUCAAAUAUGGAGCCGAAAUCAAUUUCAUUUCUAAAAAUGGUUUCACACCGCUUGAUAUCGCCAUUUUUAUGAAUCAUACUAAAAUUGUAAACUUUUUAAAUGAAAAAUUCGCCAAAAAAACUGGAACUUAUAACUAAUAACUGAACCUUGAUUACGUCAUUUCAUAAUAAAUUAUUUUUAAAUUUUUAAAAAUUAACACACUUGGUUUAUGAAUCAGAUUUUACUAUUUUUGCAAAAAACUUUAAAAAGAAUGUUUAUUUCAUCAAUUUCAGAACAUGGUAAUUUGUACCUUUUUGGUUUCUUGGACAAGAAGAAAAAAUUUUGAAUGGUGCACUAUUUGAGUGUGAGCAAAAUAUUUUCAGUGGAAUAUUGGGAGUUUCUGCGUGUUGAGCAUAUCUGAAGAUAACUUUUACAAAAUCACCUUUCAAAAUCAUUUUUUAUUUUACAAUUAUAAGAAAUUGGAAAUAGCUUCCCUAAUCCAAGUCUUUAAAAAGUGAGCGGUCUAUAACAUUAAUUAGUCGUAUCACUAUAAUACCCAUUAGGUACACUUAUUUUUCGAAAUACUUAACUAUAAACUAUGAUGGGAAGGAAAUCUCCUUGAUCAAAUUCGCUUAUUGCUUGUGAGAAUCAAAACAUUA